AUGGGGGCGAAAGACCGCAACCAUGAAGAUCUCAAAUUCAGCUACCUCGCCGUGCAGCGUGGUGUAGACAUGCGACAAGAGCAAGCAAUUCGCCAAGGUCCUGAGGCUACAGAUGCCGCAUUCGAAGGAUUCGAGGACCCCGAGGAGUCUGGUAUCCCCAACAAGCCAGCCUUCCACGCUCUAUCCCUCCCCCGCGCCAUCUACCCACCCAUGAAACGUCGCGGUCAUGUCAUCUUUGAUCUCUGCACACCCGCCGGCAAAAUUGAGCGCUGGACCGUCCCGCGUUCUUACAGCCGCCAGGCCUACCGCGAUGCCCGCAAGUCCCGCUGGGGAGACCUGUGGGCUCUGGGAGCCAAGACCCGCAUCCCACGCAACCUGAACCUUGGCGAUAAGCAUGGCGAGGGUAAGAAGGAGCGUCUGGCCCGCCGUGCGGCGACCAAGGAUUCUAUGCGUGAAGCCGAGGAAGAAGGCGACUUUGAGAAUGAAGGAGAAGAAGAGGAUGAAGACUAUGGAGUUCAUGACUCGGAUGUUCCUGAUGUCCCAGUCAAAAAAAGGGGUCAGCAUAUCCCCAGUUGGAAGAAGCAUAAUGAUAAAAAGAAGCUUCGUCAGGCUUACAACAAGCGCUCUGUCGAUGAAUAA